GAUACACACACAUUCACACAACAGAGGGAGGUAGAUAACUCUGUGAUUCCACUGCUGAAUUUUUAACGCUGUUGUGGAACUUUUUUUUUUUUUUUCCAGGCGGGUUACUGUAGCACCAGGGUACUGUUACACCGACACAGACGCCGCCAGAGGCACAAGGCUCAGUUCAACUCUGCUGUUUACUGAGGCUGCACGGACACACGCUGUCCAUGGGGUGUGCGGUCCGUCCCGUCCUGAUGUCGUUACCGUAGCAACAUGACCCUCAACACCCAGAGAGAGAAACAGCCCCUGCAACGGCGACGCAGCACACCGAUUCCUCCCGGCCAUUUCUCCCAGCACCCGUCCUGGACCCGGGAACCACAGCUACACGGCGACACCCAGCCCGACCCAGAGCACCCCCGUCCCCAGCGCAGCCAUCCUCCUCUUGGACAGUCAGCCUCCUAUCACCCUGGUGACAAAUCCCUCCACUAUCGAGCCCACUGGAGUUCAGACUCAGAGGACGACUCGCAGAGCGACUCGGACUGCGUUUAUAGAGUUGUGUUGCUAGGCGACCACGGUGUCGGAAAGACAAGCCUGGCAGGAAUAUUUGCCGGGAUCACGGACAAAGACGACCAUGCUGGAGAUGAAACACAUGAGCGAACACUGACAGUAGAUGGAGAGGAAACCACGCUCAUCGUCAUGGACACCUGGGAGAACGACAAACUGGAGGGGGAGGGCGGCUCCUCUCAGGACGACUGCCUGAAAGUGGGAAACGCCUACGCCAUCGUCUACUCCGUCACGGACCGCUCCACCUUCGACGCCGCCGCGGAGCUCCGCAUCACACUGCGACGCACCCGUCAGGCAGAAAACCUUCCCAUCAUCCUCGUGGGCAACAAGAGCGACCUGGUACGCUCCAGAGAAGUCACUAUAGAAGAGGGCCGAGCGUGUGCGGUGGUGUUUGACUGUAAGUUCAUAGAGACGUCGGCAUCUCUGCAGCACAACGUGACCGAGCUGUUUGAGGGCGUGGUCCGACAGAUCCGUCUCCGUCAGGACGUCGGCGGCGAGGCCGGUCAGCGGCGCCGCUCCAUCUACAAACGCCAGGAGAGCCUUACCCAGAAGGCCCGGCGAUUCCUGGACAGACUGGUGGCUCGCAACAACCAGCGCAUGGCGGUGAAGGUGCGGUCCAAGAGCUGCCACGACCUGGCCGUCCUCUAAGGACACGUGUCCACUCGGAGUCUCUUAUUUGUUGACUUGUUGACAUUCUCGCCGGGACUGAUCAUGGACGAUGGUGAUUAAAAACAAUUUAAUUGGACGAAUGGCGUCGUGGAUUUUAACGUUUUCGCUGUGAUCAUUACAACCAACUCAUUUUCCUGACCUUUGACCUUUUCCUUCUCAGUAUAAAGAUGCUGAAGACAACUGUGCAGCAUCACCACUGUUAAAGAUCGUGUGUGUGUCUGUGUGUGUGUGUGUCUGUGUGUGUUUGUGUGAUGUCCUGUAGUGUCCCACUGUCCUGGUCUCCUGAGGUUUCUACUGUUUUCAGAUCAACACUGUGCAGAAUAAAUUCUUAACGGUGCAGUCACGACAAAAUCAUGUUUUUACAUUUGUCUAAUGACCGACACUGUGAUGUA